AUAGGAAUUCCGAAAAAACGGCGGCACAAGCGGUUUUAGUUAUUCUGUCGUUUGAGUUGUAGUUAGAUUGAAAAUAAUUCUGAGCAACUGGAUGUUUAAUUCUUAAAAUGUAUGUGAAGAAACUGGUGCUGGAUGGCUUCAAGUCAUACGGCAAGCGCACAGAGAUCGAAGGCUUCGAUCCCGAGUUUACAGCGAUCACAGGUCUCAAUGGAUCCGGCAAAUCUAAUAUUUUAGACUCGAUUUGCUUUGUGCUGGGCAUAAGUAAUUUGCAAAAUGUGCGUGCUUCAGCGCUGCAGGAUUUGGUGUUCAAGAAUGGGCAGGCGGGCAUAACGAAGGCAACGGUUACAAUUGUUUUCGACAAUACAAAUGCCCAGCAGUGUCCUCCUGGCUAUGAGAAGUGCCGUGAGAUCUCUGUAACCCGUCAAGUAGUUGUCGGUGGCAAGAAUAAGUUUCUCAUCAAUGGCAAGCUGGUACAGAACAAGAAGGUGCAGGACUUCUUCUGCUCCAUACAGCUGAACGUAAACAAUCCCAAUUUCCUGAUCAUGCAGGGCAAGAUCCAGCAGGUGUUGAACAUGAAGCCCAAGGAGGUGCUGUCCAUGGUCGAGGAGGCGGCGGGCACCAGCGUCUAUAAGACCAAACGAGAUGCCACCAAGACGCUGAUCGAGAAGAAGGAGGGCAAAGUACGCGAGACGUCGGCACUGCUAGAAGAGGAGGUGCUGCCAAAGCUUGACAAGCUGCGCAAGGAACGCACUGCCUACCAGGAAUACCAGAAGAUUUGUCGCGACAUUGAAUUCCUCACCUAUAUCUUCAUCUCGGCCAGAUAUCUAAAACUAUGCGAUGCGCUGCAGUCGGUAGAGGCCAGCGAAGAGAAGAUCGAGAAUCGCAUUGCCACUUGCCGCGAGACACAUGCUCGCAAUCUCGAGGAAAUUGAGAGCACCGAUGUGAAGGUGAAGGAUAUACAGCAUAAGAUCGACGAGGAAAUGGGUGGAGCUCUCAAGUCACUUGAGGAGCAGCUGUCCGCCAAGCGGGCCAUCGAAGCCAAGGCAUCAGGCAGCCUUAAGGCAGCCAAGGGUACAAUUGAACAGGACCAGAAAAAGAUUCGUAUGGCGAAUAAGAACAUAUCCGAGGAUGAAGCUGCACUGCUCAAGAAACAGCAGGCCAUGGCCAUGGUGAAGGACGAGUUCCAGGGCCUUAAAGAUGCCGAUGCCAAUGAUGCCAAGGCCUACGAAGAUGCCAAGCGUAAAUUGGAGGCUGUUUCACAGGGUCUUUCUACUAACGAGGAUGGCGAAGCGUGCACGCUGCAGGAGCAGUUGAUUGCUGCCAAGCAACAGCUCAGCGAAGCACAGACUACAAUUAAAACAUCCGAAAUGGAGCUGCGACACACACGUACUUUGCUCAAUCAGAAGCAAGGCGAGACACAAACAAAUGAUGCAGCCUACACCAAGGACAAGUCAUUGCAGGACCAGCUGGAGGUGGAAGUAAAGAACCUGGAGCAUCAGUUGCAGGGUCUUAACUACGAAGGCGGCCAGUUCGAGCAGCUAAAGGAACGUCGCCAAGAAUUGCACAAUGAAGUGCGCGAGAUUAAGCGUGAAUUGGACAGACGCAAUGGAGCUCGCUACGAUCUGCAAUAUAAUGACCCAGAGCCGAAUUUCCAGCGCCAGAAAGUGCGUGGCAUGGUGGGCAAAUUGUUUCAGGUCAACGAUAUGAAUAACUCCAUGGCCAUCUCGAUGGCAGCUGGCGGUCAUUUGUACAGCUAUGUGGCCGAUGAUGAUGUGACGAGCAAGAAGAUUUUGCAGCGUGGCAACUUACAACGUCGCGUCACUUUUAUACCCAUCAACAAGAUCACUCCAUCGCCUUUAAGUCCACAAGUUAUCCAGUAUGCCAAGAAUACUUAUGGACAUGAUAAUGUGGAUUCGGCCAUGUCACUCAUCAGCUAUGAUCGCUACUUCGAGCCAGUGAUGCAGUUUGUCUUUGGAGGUAUACUCAUCUGCAAGGACUUGGAGGUGGCCAAAGGAUUGAGUGCAGAUCAACGCAUUGGAGGUCGCUGUGUGACUUUGGAGGGCGAUGUUGUCGAUUCGGCAGGCACUUUGUCUGGUGGCGCAGCACCCAAGGGUGCGAAUAUCCUCGAGGAAUUGAGCAGCCUUCGUAAUUUAGAGAAAGACCUCAAUGCCAAAAUGAAUGAACUAAAGCAAGUCGAGGAACAAUUAAACGCUAUUGAAAAUGUAGCACGUAAUCACAACAAGCUGAAGGAAGCACUUGAAUUGCGUCAACACGAGCUGUCCAUGUGCAAGAGUCGCUUGGCCCACACAGCUUUCCAGCAGAAUCAAUCAGAAAUCGAAGAGAUGAAAGAGAAAGUCAAGACCUUGGAACAGCAAAUCUUGGAUGCACGCGAUAAGCAAAAAGCCUCGCAGGCCAAGGUCAAGGAUGUGGAGGCCAAGUUAGCAGAUGCCAAGGGCUAUCGAGAGCGUGAACUAAAGGCGGCCAACAAUGAAGUAAAGGCAGCUCAACAGCGUGCCGACAAGUCGCGGGCCAAUUGGAAAAAACGCGAGCAAGAGUUCGAAACGUUGCAGUUGGAGAUUAGCGAGUUGGAGAAAAGUAUUGAAGCUGCCAAGCAACAGCAUCAGGAGAUGGUGGAUAAUCUCGAAAAGUACAAAGAGGAGUUGGAUGCAUUGCAGCAAAAUAGCUCGAGUGCCGCCACAGAAGUAUCUGAGCUGGAGAAGGCCAUCAAGGCGCAAAAGGACAACUUGAAUAGCCAGAAUAAAGAGAUGCGUAUUCUGCUGGGAAAGAAGGAGAAAAUGCUUAAACAAAAUCAGGAGCUGGAACUCGAAGUCAAGAAGAAAGAAAACGAAAAGAGCAAAAUUAGUGCAGAGGCCAAAGAUGCCAAGAAGCGUAUGGAUGCACUGGAAGUGAAAUACCCCUGGAUACCUGAGGAAAAGAGUUUCUUCGGCAUGAAGAAUACACGCUACGAUUACAGCAAAGAGGAUCCCGUCGAGGCGGGAAAUAAACUAACCAAGAUGCAGGAGAAGAAGGAGAAAAUGGAGCGUACUCUCAACAUGAAUGCCAUGCAAACGCUGGAGCGCGAAGAGGAGAACUACAACGAGACGGUGCGCCGUCGUCAAAUUGUCGAACAGGACAAGGAGAAAAUCAAGCAGAUUAUUGUUAAACUGGAUGAAGAGGAGCAAGGUCAAGUGAAGCGUGCUUGGGAGGCGGUUACCGAGAACUUUAGCGGUAUCUUUAGCACUCUAUUGCCAGGUGCCCAAGCUCUGCUCAAGCCCGUCAAAACAAAUGGUAUUCUGAGUGGCCUCGAAAUCAAGGUCGGCUUCAAUGGCGUUUUUAAGGAUAGUUUGGGCGAGUUGUCUGGUGGCCAAAAGUCUUUGGUUGCCUUGUCCCUCGUCUUGGCCAUGCUCAAGUUCUCUCCUGCUCCGCUCUACAUUCUCGACGAGGUGGACGCAGCUCUAGACAUGUCGCACACACAAAAUAUUGGCAGUAUGCUCAAGCAACAUUUCCGUGAUUCUCAAUUUCUGAUCGUCUCCCUGAAAGAUGGUCUCUUCAAUCAUGCCAAUGUCCUGUUUCGUACUCAGUUCUUGGAAGGCGUCUCCACAAUUUCUCGCACAGUGGGACGUUCAACAGCAAAACGUUAAAUACCAAAAUUGGUUUUUAAUUUAAUAUUUUUCUUUAAACGGUGUCAUUGUAAAAUGUUGUAGACACUAUCUACUCUGUAUUAAUUCAAAUGGAAAUUUUAAUUUCAAUAAAAUGAAGACACAUUUUCAACAGAAUUAACGUUACGUUACCAACUAAAAACAU